ACCUACGAACUAAAGAGCGUAUUUCAGAUAUUUGGCGAGAUGUUUUUUGCUAGAAGUGACGAUUUUGAAACCCAACCCGAAGACAAUCAUUUUCUUCUUUUAAAGCAGAAUAGCUUACUUGCGGCCGAUAAAGAGA